UCAAAUCAACCUGCAGUCUGUCCUUAUGUCAGAGCUGCUUCUUUUAGCACAAGAUGAUCCUGCUGCUCUGUUUGCUUUGCAUGAUCUGUGGAGAAUCUGUUUGGAGUCUGAAGAACGGUGAAUUCUCCUUUAAAGGGGACAUUCAGCAGGUGGCAAUUGGCUCCAACAAUCUUUACAUCGCUACAACAGAGGCACUUUAUCAGCUAAGACCCAACUUUACUCUGAUCCACAGUCUGACCCUCAGAGGGACUUUACAGAACGGAGACCAGCCAGGGAAAAAGAGUUUUCAGCGGGUCCCUGAGAAUGGCAAAUUAACACCAACUUUCAGUGUUAAUGUUUUAUUACCAUUUGAGAAAAAUUACACAUUGAUCAGCUGCGGUGUGACUGGAAACGAACUCUGUGGUUUCUGUGAAGUUCUGGACCUGAAGAACAUCUCUAAGCUGGUUUACAGUGAAUCCAUCCAGGUGGGACCUCAGAGGAGCAGCAGUGGGUCUGUCAGCUUUCUGGUGGAUGUGAAGGAGAAACCAGGUCAGACUGAGACUUACAUUCUGACAGCGAUAAAGAACCCGAGCGACAAGACAGAGUGUAGUGCUGAUUUGAAGACAAUCAACCUUCAAAACACCGAUAAAAACCAGUCUGGGGAAAUAUUUUCCUGGUCUGAUCGAUCAGGUGAUAAACCUGGGAUCCAAACUGAAGCUGAUGUAGAGUUUGUGGACGGAUUCCAGAUCAACUCAACAGUGUAUCUGUUCUCCAACGUGGCAUCAGGAGGUGAAACCAACAAAGUCCGUCUGAUCUGGCUUCAGGCUGAAACCAGUAAAGCUCAGACUCUGGAGUCUCUUCAUGGAGCGACUCUCAGUUCCUCUGGAGGCAGCAGACUGCUGGCCUCCUCAGUCGUCCCAGGUGGACAGCAGGUCCUGUGGAGUGGAGUGUUCAGUGUGGACGGAGGAGAAAGCAACACUGAACUGCUGCUGUUUGACGUCAGUCCGGGUAUCAGCAGGGAGAAGAAUAGAGAUCCAGACUUUUAUACAUCAGUGGACAAGCCAAACAACCCGUCAGAACCGAAGGCCCUGAAACCGCAGGUUGUUCUGUCUAAGAAGAAAUACAUGAGUUCCGUGUUGGCGGUGAAGCAGGACAGCUGGACGGUUUUCUUCAUCGGAACAACCGAUGGGCAGCUCAUUAAGCUUCCUGUGGACAAGAACAAUCGUCCAGCAUGUCCAAAGGAGCACUACAGGGUCAGUGGUAAUCAGAAAGUGUUUCCAAAAAUCCUUCUGAAUCCAGUGGAUCAUAAACAAAUGUAUCUGAUAUUUAAGGACAAGAUUAAGCGUGUGAAAGUGUCAAACUGUAGUGAAUACAUGAGCGUAGAGGACUGUUGUACGGAUCCAUUCUGUGUCUGGUGUGUCUCUGGGAAAAGAUGUACAUUUAAAGAUGACUGCAAAUACGACUGGAUGUCCAUCCCUGAUGAAUACCAACAGGAAGUGAUUUCCUACAGAGCUGAGAAGGACUCCACUGGACAGAUCAAAAUAGUCGUCAACGUUCACCUGACUUUGGCACAGAACACUCAGUCUGAAUUUACCUGUGCGAUCGUCACAAACGUGGGAAGGCUUUGUAUGGCACUACCUCAGUACCCACAAUGCAUCUGCGUUCUCUCUGACGAUUUUCACUCUAAUGAACUUGAUCUCAUCCUAUCAGUCAGACUUGAGGCAGUACUGACAAAGAGUCUAAAGCUCAUCGACUGUUCUGAUAGUACUCUGUCGUGUCAGCAGUGCAUCAGAGCCGGAUGUGGCUGGAGGGAGAACCGAUGUACCUGGGACAGUGAAGGAGUGCGGAAUGACCUUGUUUGCCAACCGCUCGCCUCUCAGCCAAUCACUGCUGAGCCAGAGAUUAUCUCCGUGUCUCCCAGUCGUGUGUCUUACUACGGCAGAAAUCACGCUUUGCUGAAAGGUCGCAACCUCAGAGAUGUGAUUGGAGUCAAAAUCCAGACAGAAACGGCCUGCUCAAAGGAAUCUCCAGUUUGGAACAACACUGGUGAGAGUCUGACGUUCCACAUUCCCAGUAGAGCCAAUGAAGCUGAAGCCAAAGUGUGUGCUGUCCUGUCUGACGGGAGUUGCCAUGGCGAAGCUGAUAUAACCUACCAGUCAGCGCCAUCUUGUACUGGAGUUUCACCAUCCGUUACCUGGAGAAGUGGGAAGAGGAAGAUCACGAUCACAGGAUCCUACUUGGACACAGUGGAAAUGGUCAUACACAACCCGGAUGUCCAAGAGCUGGAGUUUUACAGGGGGCUAGAAUACUAUGAACAGGAAGAAUACCCCCCACAGCUACAAGGACCUCCUGAACACAUCAACUCUACGACUCUCAUCUAUAAAACACUUCCUGUUGAGCCCUCUGAGUGGAACGGACCUGUGGUGAAAAUAAAAGUAGCCAAUCAGACGUUGAGCUGUUCAGCAGAAAUGUUCCACCGUCCAGACCCGCAGUUUAUCAACUUCAGAGCCAAGAGGACAGGAGAUAAUAUCAAAAUCACCAUACUGAAAAUCAAAGACGGACUGAUGAUGACAACAGAAGAGUUGUCAAUAUGGGGCAUUAAGGAUGACCAGCAGUAUCCCUGCAUCCUGCAGAAUGAAGAUGAUGAUCGUGAAACUACCCCUAGUUAUGAAUAUGGGAAACACAGUGACUUCGAAUAUGGAUCACAGAUUCUGGUCUGUGAGAUUCAAAACACAACCGAUGUCAUAUUUAAUCAGCUAAAGAUUAUGUAUGGAGAAACAAUAGUGCGGGUGUGGAAUCCAUCUUUAUUGCAUCAGGUCCUUCUCAUCCUGCGCCUGAUGUUCCUCCCCUCUGUUGCUGUUGUGCUGAUGAUCAUCUGUCAGUGCCAGAAGAGACGCGUCGUCCAGAAGACCAAGCUCUGAUCGUCUCUGCUGCGCCUCAGGAUCCCUCAGUAGUUUUCCAGCGGGUUUUCCAGCUUCCUCGAACGUCUGGGUGAAAUGCCAGAUGUUUCGGAUGGGAAACGUAACGAAAGCUUAAGACAGGCGUGAACAACAAAAAUGAAAACCUCGCAGAGUGUCAGUCAAAAAUAGUCAAGUUAGCAUAGCAUGCAAUGCAAACAAAAAGCAAGUUCAGUCUUCCAGUGUCACUGGUUGACGGGGAAGUAAAUGUUAUAUAAUCUAAUUUGGACGUCCUGGUAGAGGAGGGAGAGAAGGGGAGUUGCAAAUGAAUGCCACACUUCAGUUUUGUUUGUAAAAAGUUUGCUUUUGUAAAAAAAAAAAACAUGCAUCUCUUCCCUUUCGCUUGACAACUAUGCACUGAUCUGUGUUUUAACAUGACAAAAUAUGACAACAUCAAGAACUAUAACUCUUGCAAAGCUCUGUAAGUUUACAGAUAUGCUGCAGAAGUUGUUUUUUUUCCUCACACUGGUUAUAACAACUGGAUGAUUUUAAUUGGUGAAAAAAAUGUUUCUCACUAGUUUAAUGUACUUCAAGGAGCUGUUAUUUUGAAGCAUAGUCUUCCUGUAGUGACAGAUAUUGCUAAAUAUACACUCAAGAUUUCUAACCAGUACUAGUUAUACAUGCAUGUAUUUAUCUUGACAUCAGAUUAUGGUCACACCAUCAACAUUUCAGCAACUUCAUUUGCAUUUUUUCUAUCACCACAGAAGUUAGAGAGAAGACGCUUUUUGAAAGAUUGCCACAAAUUAAACAGAACAUCAAAAAUAGUAUUUUAUCAUAUUUCCACUGCAUCCAGAUAAGCAUGUUAGUAGUUAUUGUUUUAAAUUAGAUUAAUCUAAAAAAAAAAAAAAAUCUGCUGCUUAGUGUGCUUUUCCUAAGCAAACGUCCGUCAUUACGCUGGUGAUACUCUGAUGUUUAUAACUGCUAAAUAAUUUUUUUGAAAAAAUAUAGUACAAGUCUGCCUGAUGAAUGGAUGGGUAAUCUGUAAUCAAGUUAGCGCUAAAGUCUUUGUGAUGUUUUGGCCCCAAAUCUGGGCAUAGAUCUUGGUAACCUCGGUAACAACCAUGUGGAUCCAGUUUUAAAAUGCUGCAAAGAAAAAAUAAAAGUGUUUGCUCUGAACUCUUA